UCACCGGUGUCAGUGUCGCGCUUCACAAUGAACAGUCGGACGGUGAGGCUUCUCGCACGAGCCUCACCACCUGUCGGUUAAGUCGUAGAUGUCUGUCGAUUGAUUCGGCGCUGCUCCGAAACAAGAGCGACUGCUUAGAACUUCAUGAGCCAGCGUGCUGCAGGAUGUGGCGCUUCAUUUUGAACCCAGUGAGGCGGUGCCCCUGGAUCACCAACGUCGCCCUGUAUGGGUCCCUCUUUGCAGGGGGCGACUUGGUUCACCAGGGCUUCAGCAGGAGAGCCGACUUCAACUGGAGGCAGACCCGGAACGUGGCUGUGGUGGCCUUCACCUUCCAUGCCAACUUCAACUACAUGUGGAUGCGAUUUCUGGAGCGCAGCUUUCCAGGCCGGGCGGCCAGUGUGAUCCUGAAGAAGGUCCUUCUGGAUGUGACCGUGGGGGGCCCUCUGGCCAUCAGCGCCUUUUACACAGGGGUCAGCCUGAUGGAAGGUAAGAAGGACCCUCUUCAGGAUUGCCAGGAGAAAUUCUGGAAUACGUACAAGACUGGUUUCAUGUACUGGCCGUUCAUGCAGACUCUGAAUUUCCUGCUCGUCCCCCUUUACCUGCGCACCAUGUUCACCGGCUGUGCCGUCUUUCUCUGGGCGACGUUCCUCUGCUUCUCGCGGCAGAGCGGCGACGGGACAGUGGCAGCCGCCUUCUCGUGGAUGAAGUCGCGGAGAGAAGUGCCCCGUGUGUCGGCUGGGAAAGACGAAAAGUAAGGAAGAGGAAGAGCUGGCGAGCAAGAGGAGGAGAAGUGGGCGCCUUUUCAACUCUGACGACUGACCUGGCUGGAUGCCGUUUUUUUUUUUAUUUGAUUUUUCAGAGUUAUUUACCUUUUCUUUUUUUGGGGGUACACACUGGCGUGGCACACACUGAUACCCUUUACGAUGCCGACAAAGUCACAGAGUGGCAGCACUCGACAACGAGAGGACUGUGAGCAGGGCCGAGUAACAGAGACUCCGAGUUAAGUGGUAGACAAAAAGGGUUCUGAGUUACGCCAGACCCCGGUGGGUGAGCUUGGCAGCAGGAUGAAUCAGGAAGCAAAAUUCCUGCCAGUCGUGCCAGGGCCUGAAUGGCAGACAGCAGGUUUGCAGGAUGUGUCACGUCGCAACAAGAGGACUGGGAGCAGGGCCUCCGUUUGGCCAUACCAGGUAACACCGCUCCACUGUAAAUGUGGGACUGUUAAGAUGAAUCGGGCAGGUACAUUCAAGCCAGUCAUGCCAGAGUCAAAAUGGCAGACUGGCACUUUGUAACUUGCAAUAAACACUUCACAACGUGAGGAGGGUCAGCGGGGCCUGGGCCAGACUGUGGCUAAGUGGGAGACAAAAAGGCUUCUGCAUUAUGCCGGACCCCAGUGGGUGAGCUUGGCAGUAGGAUGAAUCAGGAAGUGAAAUUCCUGCCAGUCGUGCCAAGGCCUGAAUGGCAGACAGCUGGUUUGCAAUAUGAGUCACGUCACAACAAGAGGAAUGUGAGCAGGGCCUUCUAAUUGAACUCCACAGUGCUCAGAGGUCAAAUGGCCAGCUCAAUAAACAGACCAAACAGGAAGUGACAUCACAGCCAGUCAUGCCAAAGCCCAGCUGGCACACUGAGGUUUUUGUUACCUGAGGCACUUUACAACUUGAGGACUGUCAACAGGGCCUCGGCCAUACCGGGUGACACAGUAUCACGGUAAAGUGGGACUGUAAGGUGACUCAAGAAAAGACACCCCAGCCAGCCAUGCCCAGAGUCUACAAAGCAGACUGGCACUUCAUAGUUUGUGACAGGCACCUCAGAACAUGAGGACUGUCAGCAGGGCCUCGGCCAGAUGGUGUCCUGGAGCUCCACGGUAAAGUAGGAGAGCAAAACGACUUCUGUGUUACUCCAGACCUCAAUCAAUGAGCGAGUUCACCAUUAAGACAAAUCAUGCAAGGAAAGUCUAGCCAGCCAUGCCAGAGUUUACCAAGUGCCAGUCUGCCAUUUAAUUCGUGACAAUAGUAUCAGAACAUGAGGACUGUCAGCAGGGCUGCGAUCAGACCAGGUAACACAUAACUAUAAAAUGACUUUGGGGAAAAGACACCCCAGCCAGACACAGCAGAGUCCGCAUGGCAGACUGGCACUUUGUAACUUGCAAUAAACACUUCACAAUAUGAGGACUGCCAGCAGGGCCUUGGCCAUACCAAGUAACGCAGCGUCCCAGCAGAAGUCAGGCAAGUACAGUCUAGCCGGCUGUGCCCGAGUCUAAAUGCCCAAGUGGCAUUUUGUAAUUUGUGAUAUGGGUGAGCCCCAUGAUCAGACUAAUUGGGAAGGGAAAUGCCAGCCAGUGAAGCCAGACUCCAAGUGGCACACUGGCACAGACACUGUAGAACUUGAGGACUAUGAGUAGGGGCUCGGCCUGCCUGAGCAAUGGUGCGCCACCGUACAGUGGGAGAUACAAAGGGGCAGCUCUCCAACUGUUUAGGCACAACUGUAAUGUAGUAGCUGUAAAUGGGGGGUCCACUUUGGAAAGACGCUAUAUAACAGACAGAGUAACUCUGGGCGAGUCACUUCAGGUACCGUCCUGAUUUAGAAAUAUUGCGACAGCUUCCUAACCCGUGUAAGAGACCCUCGGUCAGUUUUCACUAUGUAAAGGCGCUAUAAUUCCCCUCUACUCUGUCCUUUAUCUGCUGUUCCUCCGCUCAGAGCUGCCUUUACCUUUGUUCUCGUUUGUUGAUUUUGAUUUUUGCCGUGCUGAUGUAUUGUGAUCUGAUUUGCUCCUAAUGGCGGUACGUGCUGUUAAUGGCACUAUAGACAAUUCAGAUUGAUUGACGUCACCUGCCAAACCUCAAACUGUGCCGCUCCUGUCAGGACCGUUUUUAGGCACAGGCAAACUAGGCAACCGCCUAGGGCCCCCACUGCCAAGGGGGCCCUGCUGGGCGCUUUUUUUUUAACCAAAUAGCCUACAACUUACAGGUCCAUAUAUUUCAGAAGUACAAAUUUUCUCUGGUGGCGGAAUUAUCAAUAUGGUUACGCGCAAGCAAAGAGGAAACAGUGAGGACGACAGGCAGAAUGGAGGUGAUGGAGUGGUGGGCGGAGCCCCAGUGGGAGGGCGGAGCCCCAGUGGGAGGGCGGGGCCCCAGUGGGAGGGCACCGAUCAUCCACCUCACCAGCCUCCAGGCGUCUGCGCAACAAAUCGAUGACGCUAUAAAUAGUACGGAAGCUGGGAAGAUCAAAACCAUUCCACAAAGCGACUCGACAGUAGGUGGUGUGGUCCGUCCCUCCGUCUGCUCGGCUAUAAUUAUACAUGGAGGCUCUCUUUUCCGUCGACUAGUCGCAUUAUCAUUAGUCUGUGUAUACAUGUCUGGCACUAAUAUAAUCAAGAACACUGGUCUAUGGUCUACUGGACCAUCAGUAUUUUUGUAUGUACAAGUGAGUAAUCAUUAGCUAAUAACGCAACUUGAUUUUGUCCUCCCUGUUUGAAAAUGAAGCGAGCUCAUCAGUCUGGUGCUGCUAAACGUAAGAACAAAGCCGCUGAACAGGCGCAUGAAGGUUCUAGCCUUAACACUAGUGGCAGGGACAUAAAUCUCUCGUCUGAGGUCCAUUUUGCAACUUCAUAAUUCACUUUUAUCCUCAGCUCUGGGGGCCAUGCCUAGGGCCCCCAAAAACCUAAGAGCGGCCAUGCUCCUGUGCAGGACACUUGCGCGAUGGUCACUGCGGACUGGCGCUACAUGAAGUGUGGGUUCUAUUCAAUAAGGGCGCGCACAAAAAGGCGAUCUUCAAAAGGGCGACCUCAAUUGAGCGCCGAAUAAAUGCGCGCGCAAAUAAAGGAGCGCUUCAAAAGGAUGACUUUAGGAGCGAAUUAAAUUAAUUGUCCUUGAUUAUGCUAAUAGACCGCAUCUCGAAUAUCUACGUGGCAUUGCACAUAAUCUACAGCUUCAAGUGUAACUUGCUUUCACCUUUUUAUACAUUCAGUCAUUGCCUUAAUCUAAUUUUCUGUAAUUUUGAAAACACGAAAUAUAGAGAGCUUUAGAAAUAGUUCGUUAGAAGUUCAUGCAUUAAUUAAUUGGAUGUUUUAAUAUUCUUGCUUUCGCCUUUUUAUACGUUCAAUCAUUGCCUUUAUGUAAUAAAUUUUCUGUAAUUUUGUUGCGUUUACCUUUAUUCGCUGCGCCCAAUUGACGUCACCCUUUUGAAGCGCUCCUUUAUUUAUGCGCGCAGUUAUUCGGCGCUCAAUUGAGGUCGCCCUUUUGAAGGUCGCCUUUAUGUGCGCGCCCUUAUUGACGGAUACCUGAAGGGUGUUUGUCAGACCUGUUCGUCCUUUCACCGGGAACAUCGCACUUCUCUUUACACUUUGGGUUCGCCUGCCAGUUUAGUGGAUUAAAAACGCCGAAUUUCUGUAAAAACUUCAAAUGAGUAGCUGAGGCACCAUUAAUGAAUUGAGAAGUGAAAAUGCGUGGCC